CGGAAGUUCAAAGAAGAAGUUUAAAGCUCAGAGGUUACCCUCGUGUUUACAAGUAAGAAUAAAAUUCACCACUCAGGCCGGCUCUGACUGUCAAUCUUAAGCAGCGAAAACGUUUAAUAAGUCGCCAUGGCGUCUUACACGUGCAUCAGCUGCCGGGUGGCCUUCGCCGAUGGCGAGGUGCAGCGGGCGCAUUACAAAACCGACUGGCACCGCUACAACCUGAAGCGCAAGGUGGCCGACAUGCCGCCGGUCACCGCAGAGAACUUUCAGGAGCGCGUGCUGGCGCAGCGGGCUGCCACCGACCAGCAGCUGACCCACGCCGCCGCCACAGAGAGCUGCGGCGUCUGCAGCAAGAAGUUCUCCAGCGCCAACGCCUACCAGAACCACCUGCAGUCCCACAAGCACCAGCAGGCGGAGAGGCAGGCGCUGCUGGCGGCGCAGAGGAAGGUGGAGAGAAUGAACGAGAAGAACCUGGAGAAGGGCGUCUAUGACGAGAAGGAGGACAACGACGCCAGGAACGAGGUGCUGCAGCAGGCGCUGAGGGAGCAGCACAGGCCCAACCCGGCCAAGAUGGCCAAGGUCCAGACCGCCGGCGCGAAGGCGGAGAAACCGCCACGCAUGGUGUGGCUGGAGGAGCAGGUGAAGAGACGGGAGAGAGAGGAGGGAGGAGAGGCAGCAGCAGAAGAGGAGUGGGAGGAUGUUGAUGACGAUGAUGACAUGGAGGAAGAUGUGGAUGAAGAGGAGCAGAUGGAGGAGGGCGGCUCUUCGGGGACGUCGGGCCCCCUGCCGGGCUCGGUCCCCGUCACACACUGCCUGUUCUGCUCCCACCGCUCCCGCUCGCUGCUGAAGAACGUGGCUCACAUGACCAAAGUCCACAGCUUCUUCAUCCCAGACGUGGAGUUCCUGGUGGACCUCAGGGGCCUCGUCCGGUACCUGGGAGAGAAAGUCGGUGCUGGGAACGUUUGCUUGUGGUGCAACGAGAAGGGGCGUUCGUUUUACUCCACAGAGGCGGUGCAGAGCCACAUGACGGAUAAGAGUCACUGCAAGCUGUUCACAGACGGAGACGCCGCCCUGGAGUUCGCAGAUUUCUACGACUUCAGGAGCAGCUAUCCGGACCGGAGCGAGGGAGCGGAUGAAGAGAUGAACGAGGAUCUGCCGGACGAGAAGAACCUGGAGUACGACGAUGAGACGAUGGAGCUGACCCUGCCUUCAGGUGCGAAGGUGGGCCACCGCUCCCUCAUGAGGUACUACCGGCAGCGGUUCGGGACGCAGCGGGCCGUGGUUCUGGGCCACAGCGGGAACGCCGUGGGCCGGGUCCUGCGGCAGUACAAAGCCCUGGGCUGGGCGGGAGACGCAGGCGGCUCGGUCCAGCAGAGACAGAGGGACAUGCAGUACGUCCAGAGGAUGAAAUCCCGCUGGAUGCUGAAGAUGGGGAUGAGCAACAACACCACCAAGCAGAAGCACUUCAGAGCGCAGGUUAUGUUCUGAGAGGGAGAGGAAGCAGCUGCGACACGCAGACUGCUGCAGCUGGAUGAUGGUUGCCAGGAAACCAGGGAAACUCUGACUUCUGUCUCGUCUUGAUUGAAAAAUGGAGAUGAGCUGAGAACGAACUGCAAAGCUGGAAAAAGGAGGAACUGUUUUCCUGAACUGAAUCUGAUCAGCCUCGUUAGAGAAACAACCAUUAAUUAAAAAUAAAGAGCAAAACUCAGAUUCAUUAAAGUACUCUUAAGUUUUACUAAUACAGUCACACGUAUGAUAUGAAAAUAUUCAUUAGUUAUCUUCCAGGUGAGGCUUAAUUAGAUUAAAAUGAUUUCAAACUGAUGAUGGGUCUGAAAUAUGAUUCAACCUGGUUUUUAAAUUAAUUCACUUAUCUUAAGUAAAAUAUUUACAUCAAA